AUGAAUCUUCUGCCAAAGGCCGUCGAAGAGUUUCGCGAUACAUCUUAUUGGGACAAAUUUUUUGAAAAUGUUGGCCAAGAAGCAUUUGAAUGGUAUUCAGAUUAUUGUGAUCUCGAGCCUGUAUUGAAUAAAUACGUAAAACCAAAAGAUAGUGUUUUGAUAAUUGGUUGUGGAAAUUCUCGUUUAAGCAAUGAUUUAUAUGAUUCUGGCAUUGAAAAUAUUCAUAAUAUUGAUAUAUCAGAAACUGUGAUAAACAAAAUGCAAAAGGAUAAUCGACGUCGAAACAAAAUGAUUUAUUCAACAAUGGACGCUCGUCAGAUGACGUACAACGACGAUCAGUUUAGUGUUGUAUUGGAUAAAGGUACAAUCGAUGCAUUAAUGUCGAACAAAAGUGUGCAGGUCUUAUCAGAUAUAGAUCAAAUAUUAACAGAAGUAGCACGCGUCAUUCGUUCAAAUGGACGUUUUAUAUGUAUUUCACAGUGGCUAUUACGUUAUCAUCAUAUUGUAACAAAAAAAAAUUUUUCAUUGCCAGUGUUUGCAUUUGUUUUUACAAAAAUGAAUAUAAAUCCUCCUUUUAUUGAAAUUCAAUUAUACAAUUCUUCGAAUUUAUUUCGAUGUAAUUCAUUGGAUAAAGCAAUUGAAACCGUUCAAGAAUGUCAAAUAACAUGUUUCAAAAAAUAUGAAUUUAAACAAAAAUUUGUGUCUGGUGGUGAGACGCCUACAAUUGAUUUUUUUGAUACUAAAACAAAUUUAAAACGGUAUCAAAUAAUUGCAACAAAUAGUAAAACAAAAUAUAAACAAUUAUUCGCUGCGUUCAUUGUUCCAAAAGGAAGAAAUCGUGAUUGGUUAUUUGCCACAUCGGCUGGACGUCAAGAUGUUAUUAAUAGUGCAAAAUAUAAUUGUCUAAUCUUUAUUUACUUACAAUCAGAUCAAAUUUAUAUAGAUUUAGAUCAAGUUAAAGCAGAAACAAGUUCAAUUGUUGUUGAUUUUAAACCAGUAAAUCUUCCGCAUAAUACAAAGAUUCCAUUCUUGUCAUCAGCCGAAGGCAUCGGUGAUGUGCACAUGUGUGAACGUUCAGCAUCAGAGUUAAGUGGACCAUAUUUAAUAGAAGACUGUAAAUAUGAAAACGAAUGGAAAAGACGAUUAAUAUUUGAAUCAAAUCCAACUGUAAUACAAAGUGAAGUAAAUUUAAAAGUAAUUACCAACGAAGCUGGAGAUAUUUCUCGAAUUCCUGAUCAUUCAAUAUUAAAUGAUGAUUAUCAUGGUGCAAUACUGUGUUGUCUGCAAGCACUAUAUAUGGAUCAAAAGAAUUUAAGUAGAAUAUUACUGAUUGGACUCGGUGGAGGAAUUCUUGGAACAAAAUUAGCAAAAACUUUUCCACAAACGUCUCUUACCGGUAUCGAUAUUGAUAGUGAAAUAGUUAAAAUUGGAAAAAAGUGGUUUGGAUUUGAUGAAAGUGACGAACGUAUUCAAUCUAUUGUGAUCGAUGGUUUAGAAUUUUUGGCUACUACAUCUCAACAAUCAAAACAACAAUAUGAUACAAUCAUAUUGGAUGUCAACAAUGGUGAUCCACAAAGUCCAUUACGAUGUCCAGCACCGUCUUUUCUUGAUGAACAGGUUUUAAAAAAUAUUAAAUCGAGUUUAACAGAGACAGGUUUAUUUGUAAUGAAUUUUGCAUCUCGUACAAGCGAUAAUCGUAGUGAUUGUAUUAAGAAACUUAUGUCUUAUUUUAAAUAUGUUUAUACUAUAAAAUUGGAUGAAGAUAUAAAUGAAGUGAUAUUUUGUUGUGAAUAUGAAUGGAAAAAUCCAUCAGUCAAAGAUCUAAAUAAAAUAAAAAACAGUUGGAAAAUAUUAUCCGUUGAUUUAAACGAUUUAUUUGCAAAAUUGACUUUACAAAAAUAG